AUGAGUACGAAACAGACGUCGUUAGAAAGUUUCCUUGGGAAAAAGAAAAGGCCCAGUGAAGAGACAGAAGAAAAGCCUUCAACAUCAAAGAAACAUGUAACUUUUAACAGACAAUACCAUGAGUCCUACUUGAAAUAUAGAUUUAUCGGGACAGACAAGCCCCUGGAGUAUUUUAAAAGAAAAAAACGGGAACAAGAAGGAGAGAAGAAAUUUAUGAGGGCCACCACAUCAAUAAAGGAGAAUGCACUGAGAGCAUCAUAUUUGGUGGCUAACCGUAUUGCUAAGGCUAAAAAGCCAUUCACUGUCGGUGAAGAAUUGAUCUUGCCCUCCACUAAAGACAUUUGCCGUGAACUUCUAGGAGAGGCUGCUGUGGAAAAGAUAGCACAUGUGCCUUUGUCGGCUAGCACUGUGACUAGGCGCAUUGAGGAAAUAGCCGAAGACAUUGAGACACAAUUGUUGGAGAGGAUUAAUACAUCACCGUGGUACGCACUCCAGGUUGAUGAAUCUACAGAUAUCGACAACAAGGCAAUACUACUUGUUUAUGUGCGAUAUCUAUAUCAGGAGGAUGUGCAUGAGGAUUUGUUAUGUGCACUAUCUUUGCCAACCCACACCACAAGAGCAGAACUGUUCAAGUCACUGGAUGGUUAUAUAUCAGAACAACUAAAAUGGUCCUUUUGUGUCGGCAUAUGCACAGACGGAGCUGCUGCCAUGACCGGACGACUGUCUGGUUUAACUGCUCGGAUUAAGGAGGUUGCACCUGAGAGUGAAUCUACGCAUUGUCUCAUUCACAGGGAAAUGCUGGCGAGCCGAAAAAUGUCACCGGAAUUUAACAGCGUAUUGAUUGAUGUCGUUAAAGUUAUUAACCACAUCAAAGCACACACCCUUAACUCGCGCCUGUUUGAGCAGCUUUGUGAGGAGAUGGACGCAGAGUACAGAUGCCCACUCUUAUACACAAAAAUAAGAUGGUUAUCCAGAGGAAAAUCGCUAAUCAGAGUAUUUGAAUUACGAGAGCCAUUGCAAAGAUUUCUCUCAGAAAAGAAGUCACCGCUGGCAGCACAUUUCAGUGACAAGGGAUGGGUCGCAAAACUGGCUUACCUGUGUGACAUAUUCAGCCUGCUCAAUGAACUCAAUCUGUGCCUUCAGGGGAAAAUGACAACUGUUUUCAAGUUGGCAGACAAAGCGAGACUGAGCCUGAACAUUCAUUCUCCCAGUUGGUGCACGAUCACCUGUCUGCUUUUAAAAGAGUUCGAGCGCUACUUCCCAACCACAAAAGACCCACGAACUGGUAAGGAAUGGAUCCGCGACCCAUUCGUCAACAAAUCAGACGAAUCUAGUAUGUCUGUGCAAGAAGAAGAUCAACUGCUGGAGAUUGCAAAUGACGGCGGCCUUAAAACUACGUUCGAGACAACAACUCUGCCGGUGUUCUGGAUUAAAUUCAUGGCGGAAUAUCCUGAGAUUGCCACCACAGCACUUAACUCCCUAUUGCCAUUUCCGACAACCUAUCUGUGUGAAGCGGGGUUUUCUGCAGUGACAGCAACCAAAACAAAACAACGGAAUAAACUGGACAUAAGCAACACACUUUGGGUGUCAUUGUCUCCUAUUACUCCCAGAUGGAACCGUCUCGCUGCAAAGAAAUAA